UUCCGGACGGAAUUUUCCGAAUGCAGUCAGCUGACCUGCCAUCACGUGAAGUGCUCGUCUUGUCUGCCAUUCUCGCGCUUUUUCCACCCCAAAGAGCCUCAAGCAGAGCCAUCCGGAUCCUCCGAGGGAAGCACCGGUCGCGCAGGAAAAUCGAUAACAGAGCUGUCACACGAUGCAGGGCAUUCUGGGCAAGACGUUCGUGGGGCUCCUGGUGGGCGUCUCCACGGUGCUGAUCAUGUACCACCUGCUCACGGGCAAGGGUGAGCGCGUGAGCUUCGGCUGGUUCCUCGAGGAGACUUCGCCCUUCAUGUGGGCCUCCAUCGGCAUCGCGCUGGCCGUCGCCCUGUCCGUGGUGGGCGCCGCGCUGGGCAUCCACACCACCGGCGUGUCCAUCGUGGGUGGCGGCGUGAAGGCGCCGCGCAUCAAGACCAAGAACCUGAUCUCGGUGAUCUUCUGCGAGGCCGUGGCCAUUUACGGCCUCAUCACGGCCAUCGUGCUGUCCGGACUGCUGGAGAACUUCUCCAUGACGGCCGCCAUGCAGAGCGAGCAGAUUCACAGCAACAACUGGAUGGCGGGCCACGUGAUGUUCGGCGCCGGCCUCAGCGUGGGGCUCGUGAAUCUCUUCUGUGGCAUCGCCGUGGGCGUCGUGGGCUCGGGCGCCGCACUGGCGGACGCCGCCAACAGCGCCCUGUUCGUGAAGAUCCUCAUCGUGGAGAUCUUCGGCUCGGCCAUCGGCCUGUUCGGGCUCAUCGUGGGCAUCUAUAUGACGUCCAAGGUGCGCAUGGGAGACAAGAUCAUGUAAGCGCAGCCCGCAGUAUUAGCCAGCGCCGCCGCUGGAGGGAUUCCUAGCUUUUCCAUGCUGGAAAUACAUGUCAUUUCGAUGUUGUGUACAUAAGGAAGUUAAAUAAAUUUAUUCCAAAUUUAGUUGCUAGACAAAA